UAUAUACCUCCGCGGUCCCUUGGAGAUGGAAGAAAAGGGUUACGGGAAAUAGGAGCAGGGAUCCUAAACCUAGGAACGAAGGAGAACGGGUGGGAAAACCCUAGGGUUUGGAGAGCCGGGUGAGAUGAACCAUGGCGAGGUCGACCGAUCCGGAGGCGGCGGCGGAGAUCUGGGGGACGCUGGAGGAGCUCCUCCUCGCGUGCGCCGUGAGUCGCCAUGGAACGCGGAGCUGGGACUCCGUGGCCAUGGAGAUCCGGACCCGGAGCGCCUCCGCCGACCAGUUCCUCUUGACGCCGGAGGGUUGUAGGAAACGGUACCGCGAACUCCAGUGCCGCUUCUCCGCCGCCGACGGGGAGAUCGGCGUCGAUGGAGACGCCGGCGAUGGGUGCGGCCGGCCGGGGGUGGAGAUCCCCUGGCUCGAGGAGCUGCGGAAGCUCCGCGUCGCCGAGCUCCGUCGCGAGGUUCAGCGCCACGAUGUUUCCAUCGUCUCUUUACAGUUAAAGCUAAAAAAGCUAAACGAAGAGCGCGAAAGGAGCCUCCGAAAGAGGGAGGACGGCGAACCGGAUCUAAACGACAAGGAGGGGAGAAAGGAAGGCGAAUCACCCGGAUCUACUUCGGGGAACGUCUCCGGAAACCGGAUCUCCGGUGAAGAUUCCAGCCGUUCGUCCAACUCAACCAAUCGGAAAGAGGAGGAGGCGAAACCCGGCGCAGGACUCCGGGAAACGGAGGCGGCGCCCGGUGCCGAGGACCAGAUAGCCGAUCCGGCCACCGGCGGGGACGCGAAGUCUGCCGGGGAGGCGUCCUGUAACGGGAGCUCCGACACGAUAGCGAAGGCCGCGGCCGAGGCCAACCCGGCGCGGCCGCAGGGUCUGGGCGAGUCCGGCGAGUCGGUGGCCGAGUCGAAGGGCGGCGAGGCGGAGGCGGAAGGGGAGGGGGCGAAGGAGACCAGCAACUUGCAGAGCUCGGCGAGACUGUCGAGGGGACCGCGGCACCUCUGGCUGCGGAGGAAGGUGGUCUCCAGCUGUGGCAACGGCGGAAACGAGCCGGAGGCGGACGCCGUGUCCCCUGUCGGUAAGCGGGUUGCCGCUGAAUCCCAGCCGUCGAUCGCCUUCCUCGAGGUCAUCCUGGCGCGCAAUUACGGAUCCGUUUUCGAGCGCCGGCUCGAGAGCCAGGAGAGCGUCAGAUACCGGAGCCUGAUACGGCGACACGUUGACCUGGAGACGGUGCGGGCGAAGCUGGAACGGAGACAGUGCGGGGAGGCGUACACGAGCGCGGAGUUCUUCCGCGAUCUGCUGCUGCUCUGCUACAACGCCAUCGUCUUCUAUCCGAAGAGCUCGCCCGAGUCCAUCGCAGCCGUCCAUCUCCAUGGGCUCAUCUCCAAGGAGAUGGCCAGAACCAUCUGGAAGCCGGCCCGACCGUCGAAAGCGGUUGAACCCACCCCACCUGCGCAUCCUCUUCCGCCGCCGCCGCCGCCGCCGCCGCCGGUUACUAAUUUUAAAUCGGAUCCGGAUUAUGACAGCAAACCGCUCGAGAAGCCGACCUCCUCGGGCUUCUUGAUUGCUUGCCGGAAACGGAGUUCCCUCUCCGGCGAGGCGGCGGCGGGGACGAAGGGGGGGAAGGAGGACAAGGAGGAGCUUCGAGUUGAUCGGAAGGAGCGAGACGUGGAGGAGUACGAGAUCCCUGCCAAGAAGAGGAAGAACGAGAGGUCCGCCGUGGCCGGGCCUAGAGGUCUGAGGAGCAAGAAAACCUGUGGGAAGGCGGGAAACAGGGGUAGCGGAGUAUCGAAGAGCUCCAAUCCUAUCUCCACUCCGACGACUAAAUCCACCGCUGUUGUCGAGAAUUCAGCGGAAGCAACGGCGAAAUCACAGAAGAAGAACGCAGGCGGCGAAGCCGUGUCGGCGUCGAAGGGAAAGGGUGCGGGGGAGAUCAUGAAUCGGAUGAACCGUAGCUCGCCGACGUCCAACGGGGCGCUGCCGAAUACUCUGAGGAGCAGCGCCUCCUCCGGUGAUGGUGGGAAGGGGGCCGAGCAGCGGAAGAAGGUAGGCCGUAGGAAUGGAAGAAACCGUUAUUCCCGUCUGUCCCUCGGCGCUGCGACGUCGAAGCGGGAGGCGAAGCAGAGCGCCCCAGUGAAGAGGAGCGUGGGGAGGCCGCGCAAGAGGGCGGUGGCUCCGCCUCCUCCGCCUCCGGUGAAGAAGGCGGCGGAGGAGGUGGGAAGGAUUCUACGGAAACGAGUGAGAAGGUGACCCUGAGUGGCAGCGGAUGUAAAUUUAUGUACCGCGUUGAAGGCUUAGUUGAGUCGCCACCGGCUCAUGAUAUCUUUUUAUUUUAUUCUAUUGUAUUAUUUUCUUUUCUAAUAUUUUACUUUUUGGGUCGGAUUCUAGUAAGCUGAAGAUAAUUAGUGAAUUGUUAAAUUGAUAUUGGAGGUACCUUGUGAUUGA